AUCUAGCUCCCAUUUCCAUUCAUCAGUACCAUUAAUAUUAACAUCGAUCUAAAAUAGCAACAAGCUAGUCAGUCUGAUAAUUAACUAACUACUACAAUGGGAGAGAUUAAUAUCGGUUGUGGGGAGAAGGAAGUUCAACUCGUAGGAAACUACGUGGAGAUGAACAUGGAAUUAGGUGCAGAAGAAGGAAAGAAUACAACUUCAACAACAGUGGCCAUGAAAAUGAAAUCAAAACUAUACAAAGUUUUCUGGCACGGCGGCUCAGCCUACGAUGCCUGGUUCAGCUGCGCUUCAAAUCAAGUUGCUCAGGUUCUACUAACAUUGCCCUAUUCAUUCUCCCAGCUCGGAAUGACAUCCGGCAUCCUAUUCCAAUUGCUGUACGGAGUUCUAGGAAGCUGGACUGCUUAUCUCAUCAGUGUUCUUUACCUAGAAUACAGAACUAGAAAAGAAAGAGAAAAACUUGAUUUCAGAAACCAUGUCAUUCAGUGGUUCGAAGUUCUUGAUGGGCUGUUGGGAAAACAUUGGAGGAAUGUCGGUUUAGCUUUCAACUGCACUUUUCUUCUAUUUGGAUCUGUUAUUCAGCUCAUUGCUUGCGCAAGUAACAUAUAUUAUAUAAAUGACAAUCUGGAUAAGAGGACAUGGACUUAUAUAUUUGGGGCAUGUUGUGCAACGACUGUGUUCAUACCUUCGUUUCAUAACUAUAGAAUGUGGUCUUUUCUUGGAUUGAUUAUGACCACUUUUACAGCUUGGUAUCUCACCAUUGCUUCACUUCUCCAUGGCCAGGUGGAAGGCGUGAAGCAUUCGGGUCCGACUAGACUGGUGCUAUACUUCACCGGGGCCACCAACAUUCUCUAUACCUUCGGCGGACAUGCUGUCACAGUAGAAAUAAUGCAUGCAAUGUGGAAGCCUCAAAAGUUUAAGGCAAUAUACCUUUUUGCUACACUUUACGUGUUAACGCUUACUCUUCCUUCCGCCGCCGCUGUCUAUUGGGCUUUCGGAGACUUACUCCUUGACCACGCCAAUGCAUUUGCCCUACUCCCCAAAACCCCUCUUAGGGACAUAGCUGUCAUUUUGAUGCUCAUUCAUCAGUUUAUCACGUUUGGAUUCGCAUGCACCCCGCUCUACUUCGUGUGGGAGAAGGCCAUAGGAAUGCACCAUUGCAAGAGUUUAUGCAAACGCGCUGCAGCCAGAUUGCCCGUUGUAAUCCCCAUAUGGUUCUUAGCCAUAGUCUUCCCAUUCUUCGGUCCCAUAAACUCCACCGUCGGAUCUCUCCUUGUCAGCUUCACCGUCUACAUCAUCCCCGCCCUGGCUUACAUGAUCACCUUCAAAUCCGCUGCCGCUAGAGAGAACGCGGUGGAGCAGCCGCCCAAGUACUUAGGCCGAUGGACCGGGGCCUAUACCAUCAAUAUCUUUGUGGUCGUUUGGGUUUUCGUUGUUGGGUUUGGAUUCGGUGGGUGGGCUAGCAUGACCAAUUUCAUUCAUCAAAUCGACACUUUUGGAUUCUUCACUAAAUGUUACCAAUGCCCUCCACAACACAUCCCAUCAACUCCGCCACCAUCUCUUUUAACCGCCGCCUUUGCACCCUCCCCUGCCGCCCUUAACCACUCCCUCCGCCACCACCAACCAUGAUCAGACAGACCGCCAGGGAAAUUUCAUUAUCUAAUUUCUUUCUAUCUUAAUUUGUCAAAGAAUCGAAAUUGUUAUAUGUAUUGCCUGCCUUAGAGUUUAAAAGUUCAUCUUCAUUGUUGUUUCUUGCACAAUAAAUUUACACUACAA